CAUAAGGAGACCCCAAAAAACUGUGAGAAGACCCCAAAAAACCAAGAGAAGACCCAAAAAACCCAUAAAAAGACCCCAAAAAGCCACAAAGAGACACCAAAAACCUGUGAGAAGAUUAAAAAGACCCCAAAAAACCAUGAGAAGAUCGCAAAAAAACCAAGGGAAACCCCCAAAACCCAUGAGGAGACCCCAAAAAGCCACAAGAAGAUGCCAAAGACCCAUGAAGAGACCUCAAAAACCCAGGAAGAGAUCCCAAAAGCCAUGAGAAUAUGCCAGACCCAUGACAAGACCGAAAAAACCAUGAGGAGACCCCAGAAAACCAGAAGAGAAGACCCCCAAAAACAUGGGAAGACCCCAAAAACCCAUGACAAGACCCCAAAAAUAUAUGAGGAGACCACUAAAACCCAGAAGAUCCCCAAAAAAACAUGA